CAACACUAGGAACAAAAGUGCAUUUCGUUGUACUACGCUUUGUUUAUUUUUAACCUACCAUGAACAAGUGCUAAAUAAAUAAUGACGCUGGCACACCGGGCGCUCUUUACGUGGUUCAUCGUCCUGGUCUUCCUGAUCCUGCUGUGCCUGCGCCUGGACCCGCGAACCACCUGGAAUUGGUUUGUCACCUUUACCCCGCUCUGGUUCUUCGAUGUGAUCAUCAUCAUCUACGUGAUCAUCAAGUUCAUCCGCAAGUGGCGCAACCUAACCUGCCUGACGGAUCUCCUCUUCCUGUACAAAUGGAACAUUGCAGGCGUAUUGCUAACCAUCUCCUCGCAGGUAAUGAUCUGCCUGACACUGGAGUACCCUCAGCAGAUUCCCAUCUACGUGACCAUCGCCCCGGUUAUCCUGCUCCUAAGCACCGCCAUCUUCUAUGUGGGCAGUAGGCUUGGAAAACGCGAGGGCUGGUUGCAAUAAGACCGGGAUUACAAAAUAUAGGAUUAAGCAUGUAUUUUAGGAUAAGGUGUACAUAAAGUGGAAACUCAAAA